AUGACCACCACAGAUUUGGUGAUAGGAAUGAUCUUUUCAUUACAGACUAUAGUUGGAAUUUGCGGGAAUGUCUCUGUUCUUUACUUUUAUCUAUUCCUUCACUUCACAGGAAACAAGCUUAGGUCCACAGAUUUGAUUCUCAAGAAUCUGAUUGUAGGCAACCUCUUAGUUAUUUUUUCUAAAGGAGUCCCUCAUGCAAUAGCCAGUUUUGGGCUUAAAGAUUUCCUCAAUGACAUUGGAUGCAAACUUGUUUUCUAUGUUCACAGAGUGGGCAGGGAUGUGUCCAUUGGCACCACCUGCCUCUUGAGUGUCUUCCAGGCCAUUACAAUUAGUCCCUUGAACUUCAGGUGGGCAGAGCUUAAAAGGAAGGCCCCCAAGUAUAUAGGAACCUCCAAUACCUUCUGCUGGAUCUUGAACAUCACGGUAAACACUAUGCUCCCUUCGUAUGUGACUGAGAAAAGGAACAACACAAACUUCGCACACGUGAGAGAUUAUGGAUACUGUUAUGUCAUACUUCGUGGAUCCAUCACAAGAAAACUCUAUGUACCAUUGAUAUUAUGUCGUGAUGGUUUCUGUUUGGUGCUCAUGGUCUGGGCCAGUGGAUUUAUGGUUUUCAUCCUGCGCAAGCACAAGCAGCAGGUCCGAUACAUGCAUAGAAACAAUCUGUCCCACGGAUGCUCCCCUGAGACCACAGCUAUGCAAAGCAUCGUUGUCCUGGUGUGCACCUUUGCAUCUUUGUGGAUUCUCUCCUUUAUCUUCCUUACUUUUUUCCAAGUUUUUAAGAGUACCAGUCUGUGGCUGGUGAACACAUCUUCACUGAUCACUGCAUGUUUCCCAACUGUCAGCCCCUACAUUCUCAUGAGCCAUGACCCCAGAGUAUCUCGGGUCUGCUUUGCUUAG